GGCCUCCGGCUCCUGCAUCGGGCAUGCGCGAGAACAGCGCACGCAGGCGCAGAAGCCUCGGAGUCCUGUCGUCCCCUUCCGGGCUUCCGCCGGCUUCCCGGACCCUGGGCACGGCCGCCAGUCACCCCUUCCCCAACCCCCGUGGGCGGCGGCAGGCGACCAUGGAGGAUGUUCAGGGCGCUGAGCAGAGCGUGACUGGGGAGCCCCAGCCGGUCGAGGGGCGAACCGAGAGCAUCACCCCGCAGACGCCCCAGCCGGAAGAGGGGCAGCUGCUUUAUCACGAGGAAACCAUUGAUCUCGGUGGGGACGACUUUGGGUCUGAGGGGAAUGGGACCGUGUCAGAAUGUUCUAACUUCGUGGAUAAGCUUAAUGAGCACAUGAUGGAGAGUGUCCUCAUUUCUGACUCGCCCAAUAACAGUGAGGAUGAUGCCGGUGACCUUGGGGGUUUGCAGGACGUCACCACGCCUGUGGAAGGCAGUGCUGGCCGUGGACUGGAAAAUGUCAUAGAUACCGGAGUAGUUGGCACUCUGAGCUAUGACAGUGAAAGCGAUGGGGAUGAGACGCCGAAAGACCUCUCCGACAUGACCCCUGACAGCAGAGCGUCCCUGAAGGAAGGCCCAGAGCGAGAAGGAGAAGGCGUGCCCGCCUUUGAGAGCGAAGGUGCAGAGGACGCGGGCCCUGGGGACACAGGUGCUCCCCCAGUGCAGCAGGGGCCUGCCCAGUCCUCCCGGCAGCCCUCUCCCAGAGAGGAGCCUGUCCCCGUGUGCACCAUCUUCAGCCAGCCCCAGUCUGCCGUCACCCAGACACCCCUCUUUCUGCCGGAUGGCUUCGAGUCUCAGAUGGUGAAAUCGCCUAGUUUCAGCGGCGUCAGCCAGCCGGCCCCCAAGACCCCUCAGGUGGUCCAGCCAAGCCCCAGCCUGAGUAAAUUUUUUGGAGACACAGCCAACACCAGUUCCUUGGCCUCAGACUUCUUUGAUUCAUUCACAACUUCCACUUUCAUUUCCGUCAGUAAUCCCAACGCGAGCUCUUCAGUUCCAGAAAAGCUGUCUUCCCUUGGUACUCCGGCGGGAGAGAACACCCCGGGCUCUGCAGAAUCUCCUUACUCCCCAGGGAUCGAAAGAUCAGAACUGGGUGUUUCCACGUCUCCCCUGGAAUGUCCUCAGUCUCCAUUUUCACAGAUCCAGGCCGUGUUCGCAGGGACCGAGGACCCCUUUGCCACCGCCCUGAGCAUGAGUGAGAUGGACCGGAGGAGCGAUGCCUGGCUUCCCGGGGAGGGGACCAGGGCCGUCCUGAUUUCAGUGGCAACUCAACAGUACAGCACGGUGUUCGUGGACAAAGAGAACCUCACCAUGCCUGGCCUCAAGUUCGACAACAUCCAGGGAGAUGCAGUUAAAGACUUAAUGCUCCGCUUCCUGGGUGAAAAGGCUGCGGCGAAGAGGCAGGUCUUAAACGCCAACUCAGUGGAGCAGUCUUUCGUGGGACUGAAACAGCUCAUCAGCUGCAAAAACUGGAGGGCAGCAGUGGACCUGUGUGGGCGCCUUCUCACAGCCCAUGGCCAAGGCUACGGCAAGAGCGGCCUGCCGACCAGCCACACCGCAGACUCACUGCAGCUCUGGUUUGUGAGGCUGGCCCUUCUGGUGAAGCUGGGCCUUUUCCAGAACGCUGAGAUGGAGUUUGAGCCCUUUGGGAACCUGGACCAGCCGGACCUCUACUAUGAGUACUACCCUCACGUGUACCCCGGGCGCAGGGGCUCCAUGGUGCCCUUCUCCAUGAGGAUCCUGCACGCGGAGCUGCAGCAGUACCUGGGGAACCCCCAGGAGUCGCUGGACAGGCUGCACCGAGUGAAGGCCGUCUGCAGCCAGAUCCUGGCCCACUUGGAGCAAGGCCUGGCUGAGGACGGGGGCCACAGCAGCAUCUCCCAGGAGAACAGACAAGCCUCCGUGCAGCUGUGGAGGUCUCGCCUGGGCCGCGUGACGUGCUCCAUGGCCAACUGCCUACUGCUGAUGAAGGACUACGUGCUGGCUGUGGGCGCCUAUCACUCCGUCAUCCAGUGUCACCCGGAGCAGGAGUCGCAGCUGCUGAGUGGCAUCGGCCGCAUCUUCCUUCAGAUUGGAGACAUAAAAACAGCUGAAAAGUAUUUUCAAGAUGUGGAGAAAGUAACCCAGAAAUCAGAUGGCCUGCAGGGGAAAAUAGUGGUUUUAAUGAACAGAGCUUUCCUUCACCUCGGCCAGAAUAACUUUGCAGAAGCCCACAGGUUCUUCACAGAAAUUUUAAAGAUUGAACCAACAAAUGCAGUGGCCAACAACAACGCGGCCGUGUGCCUGCUGUACCUGGGCCGCCUCAAGGACUCGCUGCGGCAGCUGGAGGCCAUGGUGCAGCAGGACCCCGGGCGCUGCCUGCACGAGAGCGUGCUCUUCAACCUGACCACCAUGUACGAGCUGGAGUCGUCGCGGAGCGCGCAGAAGAAGCAGGCCCUGCUCGAGGCGGUGGCCAGCAAGGAGGGGGACAGCUUCAACACGCAGUGCCUCAAGCUGGCCUAGGCCCCGCGCCCGCGCCCGGGGACCGUGCCCUGUGGCGAGCACGGGAACGUAGCUGGCCAGGUCCGCGAUCGGGCCGGGCCACGCCACUCGGCAGUUUGUUGAACUCCGGGCAGUGAGGAAGGGCGGCAUCGUGGACGGAGAGAUCCACGGGACGCACUGUCCCUUCUCCUUGUUCCUGGGAGUGGGACGUCCCCCGAGAAGAGCGAGACGUGACCGUCCUGCCCUGUCCGAGCGCCUGGUGCGUUUGUCAACACGGGGACAGGCGCCAAACGGGGCGCCUCGCACUCCUCCCCCCCCCACCCCCAGCACUGAAUGCGCCUGUUUGACCCAUCCGGCUCCUUCGCAGCUGGGCGAUGGGCGCGGGCCACCGUCACGUCCCGUGUUCUGUGCAUCACAGGGGCGUGGGGGCGUUUCGGGCGUCAGUGAACAGCAGAAGCGAAGGUGCGGCCGGCAGGCUAGUGGCAGCUACGUCCUCCUUCCAGCCUGAAUGUCGGGACUUGUUCCUGCUCUUACAAAACCUGCACACCCGAAAACGCCUUCCCUCCCGAGAAAGGCCGGGGGCCGGGAACAGCCAGGCUCCUCCCGGUUGCCGCUCUUCUGGUCCAGGUUAGAUCUCAGUUCAGACGUGAUCUGAACGUCUAGUGCAGAAGUAAAGCGAAGCUGUGUUUCUGUUCAUGUUGGUAAUAAAGUAAAAAAGCAAAACCACCAACAUAUAUCGGGCAGACGGCCUCAGCACAGUUGCGGAAAUACAAAUUAAUUACACGUUAAAACAGGAGGAGAAGAUUAGACGGCCACAGGACUGUGGGGUACUGAGAAGGUUCUAAAACCUCUCCAAGGAGAGAAAAAUAAAAACUUGUUUUGUCGCCCCGAAAA